CUUAGUUUAUUAUUUUCAUGUACCUUUAAAUUGUGAACAUGAUAUCAGUUUAUUAUAUACAGCCAUAUUGGACUUUGUAAAAAAAUUAAUAAGGUGACAGUUUCUCUCUCUAACAAUGGGGAAGAGAGGACGACCGCCGAAGGCUGACAGAAAAUCAAUGGGAGAUGCCGUGGCUUCUUUGUCUGCAGGAAAGGAGCAGCAAUCGACAAUACCAUCUGCAACGACAUCUUGCACCAAGGGAUCUGACACAGAGAAAGUGACAUCUCCAGAAACUGAUCGCAAAGAGGAAUCGGUCGUGACUCCAAUCCUUCCAGAGACUGAUCCUAUACAGAACAAAGCAUUGGAGUCCGACAUAAAGCUGAGGAAAAAUUAUGUAGAAGCCGUGGGAAUUCAGGAUGAUCUCAAUCUGGAUCUAAGGUUUAUACAAGCUGAGAUGAUCGACGGACAACCAAUUGCGCGUCUAACACAAGAAGAUGUCAAUGAGCCACGUAAUUACUGGAAUUCGGCGCCCAUAUGUUGUAUUUUGGGAGCAAACCCCCCUUUGGAAGUAAUCAAAGAGUUUCUCUCGGAUUUGGUCAUUUGGAAAUCCUAUGAAAGUGAUGGCAUAUCCUUCCUUAAGGAAAGCCAAUUCACUGAAUGGAAAAAUCUCUCCCUACCAGCCCCCUGUCUGUGUUCAUCUCUUUCCUAGGUUUCCUUUCCCUCGCCAAACUAUUUUAUCAUAGGAAAAGUAAGUGAUUCUUCUACCUGGGUAACUCAUCAUCCCAUGACAUGUAGCUUCAGUCUCAACAUAUAUCACUUCCAUCACAAGUAGAUUUAGAAAAUACAGUAUAGAUAGCAUGUUUCAUUCUAAAAGAAAAAAAAUACAGAAUAAAUGAAUACAGACUGGAAUU